AUGAUUAGAAGUAUAACUAGAAUCAUGUCACAUUCAAUUCAUAGUUCUGUAAAAGAUAUUCAAAAGGACAUGUAUUUCGGUACAGAAGUUUUAAAUCGAGUAUCAUUUUUACGUGAAGAUCCCGAAUUUAUUCAAUCAAGUUUAUUUCAUCCAUCAACUAGAUUUAUAUUUUAUUAUAAACAACAACCUUUAAUUCAUAAAAAUUUUGAUAACAAAUUAUGUGUUUUAACUAAUGGUUCAAAUCAAGCGGUUAUUGAUAAUGUAGAUAAUGGGAAAUUAGGAUAUUCAGGUAAAAAAGCCAUUAUUCAAUCAGGAUUAAUUGAUAAUAUACCUCAAUGGCAAGAAAUUUUAACCAAUUGGUAUAAUGAUAAUAAAAAUCAUGAUAAAAAUUUACGUGCCAAGGGGAAACCGAUUUUUUUAUUUAUGGGAUUAUUAGAUGAAUCAGUAGGAUUGAAUUUACAAUCAUUAAAAUUUGCUGCUGAUACUAAAGAAGAAACUUAUCUUGAUCAUCAAGGAAGAUAUCAAGGUAUUGCUUAUUAUGCCGUUGAUUUAUCAUCAGCUAAAGAAUUGACAGAAAAUUUAAUCAAUUUUGUUAAUGAUUCAAUUAAUAAAUUGCAUGAUAAUCCUAAUGGAACCCCUGAUUCUAAUGGGAUAUUUUUCACUCAUUCACGUAAACAUUAUCUUGGAUUUGAACAAAAAGAAGCAAGUUUAUAUUCUCAAGGAGCAAUGUUAUUUUCUUGGUUGAAUACAAAUAAAUUUUGUCCUGGUUGUGGUGAACCAACUAUUCCAAUUUAUGCCGGGGGGAAAUUAUUUUGUACCAAUGAAAAAAAACAUUCUGAAGAAGAUGAUGAUCGUUAUGCUUGUCCAGUGAAAAGUGCCAGAGUUUCCAAUGCAUCGUUCCCACGUACUGAUAUGGCAGUAAUAUCCGUUAUCACUAAUGAAGAUAGAUCGAAAAUCUUAUUGUCUUUAAACAAGAGAUAUGCUAUUGCAAGAAUGUAUACUUGUACAGCUGGGUUUAUGGAACCUUCAGAAACAAUUGAAGUGGCUACCAGAAGAGAGAUUUGGGAAGAGACUGGGGUUACUUGUGAUGAAAUUAAUAUAAUAAUGACUCAACCAUGGCCAUUCCCACAAAAUCUUAUGAUUGGUUGUCGAGGCAUAGUCGAGUUUAAUGGGAAAAAUGAAAUAAUCCAUUUAGGUCAUGAUAAUGAAUUAGAAGAUGCUAGAUGGUUUGAUACUAGUUUUGUUAGAAAAUUAGUUUAUCCUGAUGAAGUGACAGCAGAUGAAAAGGAUAGUUUUAAUCCUGAAAAUAUAAUUAUCCCCAUGCCGGAAUCAAUAGCAUUUCUGUUGAUUAAAUUGGUAGUUGAUGAAGCUAAAAAUCAACAUAAAUUGUAA